CACUCCAUACUGUAGAUGUCUCCAGAAUACACACUAAACUUUAUACAACAGCUCCAUAGAAGUACCAUAGAAGAAAAAUAACCAGGAAGUGAUAGCAUGAAGAAUUAGCACAGCUUUCCUGGGAGAAGUUGAUGGAGCUGCCUGCAACAAACAGUAGAAUGGAAAAGGUGAUCAGCUGCUUCAGGAAGAGGCCAGACGCUGUGGCCCGGCUCAUCUGUUUCCCCUGGGCGGGUGGAGGCUCCAUACACUACGCUCGCUGGGGGAACGUCCUCCACAGCUCCAUAGAAGUGUUGUCUGUCAGACUUCCCGGCAGAGAGAGCCGAUCCAGAGAGCCGUUCCAUCAGAGCCUGCAGCAGGUUGUGGACGAGGUCGUUGCUGCGCUGGUACCGCUGCUGAAAGAGAAGCCCUUCGCUCUGUUUGGACACAGUUUUGGUGCCUUCACCAGUUUUGCUGUGGCAGAAGCUUUGAAGAGAGUGCAUAACCUGGAACCUGUGCACAUCUUCCUGUCUGGUGCCUCGGCACCUUACUCAGAGACGCGUAUCAAAGCCCCAAAGAGAAGCGACCUAUCAGAUGAGGAUUUCCUGCAGUGGAUGAUUUCGAUUGGAGGAACUCCUCCUGAGCUGCUGGCCAACCCGGAGGUUCUGAAGCUCUUCCUCCCUGCGCUGAAGGCCGACCUGCACGUUGUGGAGAACUACAGGUGCAACAAGCCAGAACAUCCAUUCCUCUCCUGCCCGCUCACCUGUUUUGAUGGAAAGGACGACAUUCCUCAUGAUUUACAAGCGUGGAAAAGCAUCACUUCAGGAGAUUUCACCAUCAGGAUGUUGGAUGGAUCCCAUUUCUACCUGAAGGAUUCUGGGAAUGAAAAGAUCAUCUUAGACUACGUCACAAAGCAGGUGGAAACAUCAGAAAUGGACUAUUUAUAAUGAAAUCUGUGUAAAUCUUUUUUUUAUUAAAUAAUUGUAUAAAAAAAUAUUUCUGGAUACAUAUGAGAAGUGAGAAAUAUUGUGUGGUAAAUGAAUUUGACUGAAUGUUUGGUAAAUAUUAAAGAGUGAUUCAUUAAAA